AUGAAGUAUCAUAGCUUAACCAUUAGGCCAAAUAAUAUUUAUGUGCAGGAAAGCAUAGAGCACGAUACUAUAAUAAAAUCGGUUUCACUUACCCCGGUUGUAUCAGAAACGAGCCUUCGUUCGAGUCUUCUUGCGUCAAUUGAUGGAAACGAAGUGACUUUGUGCAACUUACUGACCAACAAGAUCGAGACCAAGAUACUGAACAUUCCUCUGAGCAAGGGAGUGCGUGUGGAGCUGCGCACAGAGGGGGACAACGAAAUAGACGUUCUUUUCCUGGAAAUAGAGAGCCACGACGUGGAGCACAAGCCCAGCAAAGUUUCCUACAAGGCCGUGCGCGUAACCGAAAAGGAGAAGUACACCAUCGACAGAAGCGAAGCUGUGAAAAUACUGAACAUAUCGAUUAGCAACGAAGAUGAAAGCCCGUCUAUGAAGCCAACCCAGAUAAUUAUAAAGGACGGGGAUGUAGUACUGAAAAUCACAGAGUUGGUGCCCGGAAAGAAAGAGUGCGAAGUUGUAGACAUUGAGAUAGAAAACCAAAACGUGGAAAUAGAAGUGAAAGGCCCCGGCGCAAUAGACAUGCUGUUCCUGCAGGAGAACACGGAGGAGCCUGCGUGCUGCCAUGGCGAGGAAAAGUGCUUGGAGGAGGCAAGCGCAGAAAGCGCAGAAGAAAAGCACCCGGCAAGCGAAGAGGAGAAAAAAGAGCAGAAGGACACGGAGGAUGCCUGCAGGGAGGCACUGCAGGGAGCCGCCAAGAGAAAGCACGCGGACGAUGCAGAGGGCGCCCGAAAGAAGGCCUUGCUGGAGACAGAGGGCAAGGUGCAGGAAAUAGAGCAGAAGAGCACAGAGCAGCCGGAGGAGGCUGUAGAGGCCUCUGUGAGAAUGCUUUCCGACGGGAUUGGGAAGCUGAUAGGAAAGAAGUCCUUUAUAUCCGUGAGCUACUCGGUCUCCGAAGGCUCGGGGUCCAAGAGCUUUGAGGAGACAAUUUUGGUAAGGAAGCUUCUGGAGCACACCCAUUUAAAGCAUUUUUCAAGCGUUAUUAGAGGGUCUCGGGAGGGCGCAUCUUUCAAGGCAGAGCUGAAAGCACCCAGCGGCACAACGGAAGUACUGCUGAAUAUAGGAAAAGUCGCCGCCCAGCAAUAA